CCUCCAUCCGUCCCCAUCAUUUUCAACCAGAGCCCAAAAAGGAUAUAGCAAAUUGAAGACGCAAGCAGAUGAUUAUCCAAGAAAGAAUAGCUCUUGCCAUCCUCGUCUUGACACUAACAGUGUCUGCAACCACCGCUACUUUCGAUGCAUCCCCAGAAGACCCAAUUAUACUCCAGGUCACUGACGAUCAUAUUCCCAAACUUUACCACCGGAAGUUCAUGAAAGGAGCUCUUCUUUUGGGCACUGAAGAGAAUUUCAAGAUUUUCAUGAAGAAGUACAACAAAGAGUAUGCUACUAGAGAGGAGUACGUGCACCGCCUUGGAAUCUUCGCCAAGAACAUCGUCAGAGCCGUUGAACACCAGGCGCUGGACUCCACGGCAGUCCAUGGGGUCACGCAGUUUAUGGACUUGACGGAAGAAGAGUUUGAGAGGAUGUACACUGGCGUUAUGGGAGGUGGGGCACACGUAGAGGAUGUAACGACGUCGUUUGUGGGAGCUGGUGGAUUGCCCGAGAACUUUGAUUGGAGGAAAAAGGGUGCUGUAACUGAUGUGAAGACGCAGGGUGCUUGUGGAUCAUGCUGGGCUUUUAGUACCACUGGAGCAAUUGAAGGAGCCAAUUUUAUUGCAACUGGGAAGCUUCUCAAUCUUAGUGAGCAACAGCUGGUGGACUGUGAUAAUAAGUGUGACAUGGUGGACAAACGUGCUUGCGACGAUGGUUGCGGUGGUGGUCUUAUGACAAAUGCCUACAGGUAUUUGAUGGAGGCAGGCGGGUUAGAAGAGGAGAGUUCAUAUCCUUAUACAGGGAAAAGAGGUGAAUGCAAGUUUGAUAAGGAGAAAAUAGCAGUGAGAGUUGCAAAUUUUACCAAUAUCCCUAUUGAUGAGAGCCAAAUUGCAGCACAUUUAGUCCACCAUGGACCUCUGGCAGUUGGAUUGAAUGCAAUCUUUAUGCAAACUUACAUUGGAGGUGUCUCAUGUCCACUCAUCUGUGGCAAGAAAUGGAUCAACCAUCGAGUUCUGCUUGUAGGAUAUGGUGCUAAAGGUUUCUCCAUUCUUCGGUUCGGCUACAAGCCAUAUUGGAUCAUCAAGAACUCAUGGGGUAAGCAAUGGGGAGAAGAGGGCUACUAUCGCCUUUGCAGGGGACAUGGCAUGUGUGGAAUGAACAGAAUGGUCUCUGCAGUGGUAACUCAAGUUUCUUAAAUAAUGCUUCUGCUCCUCCAUGCACAAAAAGGGGAGAGAGAGAGAAAUAAGAAGAAAUUGUUGCCUGCAUGUUGAAUUUAUUGUGGAUGGAAAUGAGUUUGAACAGCUUGUUAUAAUUGAAUCAUAUGUAGUCCCUCUUGCUGCUUUUUUGGAAAAAUAAUUUAGUUGAAGCCUAGACUUUUACAAUUACAA